CAGCGGAUUGCUCCUGUAGACCUCGAAAAAAUGGCGGAAAUGUUCAUGAGUCAAAACAAGAAGAACGAACGGUCGUAUUAGCUGAAAUACAACAUGUCUGCAUUAUCAGAACAGCAGAUUCUGUCAAGGGCUAGAGCAUCAUCUCUAGAAAAUGUGAAAAAUCUAAAUUUUUGGGGAAGCGAUCUGAAUGAUAUUUCAGUUUUGCGGCAGAUGCCAAAUGUUGAAGUCCUUAGUCUCAGUGUCAACAGCAUAACCAGUUUGAAGGACUUUGCACAUUGUCCCAGACUGAGAGAACUCUAUCUUAGAAAGAAUAGCAUCAGAGAUAUUAAUGAGAUAGGCUGUCUGAAGAACCUUCCCAGGUUAAGAGUCCUGUGGCUUUCUGAUAACCCUUGUGCCAAUGUAGAGAAGUACAGAAUGACUGUUCUGAAGAAUUUACCAAAACUUACUAAGUUAGACACAGUGGUUGUUGAAGAAGCAGAGGUCAUAGAGGCAACAAAACAAGGAAUUGAAAUCCCCACUCCAGAAGACAUUCCUGUUCAUUUGGACUUGACUGCCACAGUUGGUAUUCAUAAGAAUACACUAAAAACCGAUGGUGCUGUGUGUAAGGAUGUUAAUCCGCAAAGCUCAGCAGCAGAAGAUGAGAACCCUGAACCGACACAAAAUGAAUUAGUAAAUGAAACCAAUAAACUUCGGGCCCAGUUAGGACUGAAGCCAUUGUUACUAGAAGAUAAACCCGACACUACUAAAGCUAUAACAGCAACAAAUAUCCACAAAAAGGCAGCUGAAACUGUUUCUCCCAGCUCUCGAAAUCAGAAUAUAUUGUCCGCAGUUCUUACUUUGGUUCAAGAACUGGACCGCACAAGCCUUCUAAGUCUUCGCAAAGAAAUUGACCAGCAGCUACAAGAUUACGAUGAAACAGAAAACGAGUCUCUAGAGGAAAAUGCGCCCUUAGAGCACAAAGAAGUACUAGCGGACUAGUGAGCUGUCAGGCAGCUUUGCUUACACGACUGACUAAAAAACUUCAAAGCUAACCUCUAGCAAAAGAGCACAUUGUUUCCAAUUAAGACAUCUUUCUCUUAAAGAUAUUUGUCAUGUUUAUGCGCGCAGUCUUGUGUACUUCAAAAUGUGUGAUUAUGUUUGUUUUUUAGAAAAAUUUAAACAAAAUCAAACGAUAUAUAGAUGCUUUUAUUAUUGUACAACCUACAACCUGUUACAUAUAAAUGGAAAUUCUCCAAAAAUAUGAUACUACAAUAAACUAGCACCCAACUGGUAACAUAAUCUGGUAGCUGUAUCGUAAAAUGCCAGUUAUAAGUCCAGGGCUUACACACCUUAAAGGGGUUCUGGCUAGGCUUGUACCGGAGGUAACUCAUAUCCGGAGGGGGAGGGGGAGGGGUCUUGUCUUUUUGGCUCUUUCUAUUCAGAAUAUGUUUGCGACAUGCGCAUCGGCCAGUCAAUAUGGGGGGAGUGUGGUGGGUGAGGAGUAUAAACGAAGCAGGUUCUUAUAACUGGCAUGCUUAAUCUUAUAGCUAAUGUUAUGUAGUAAAAUAACAUAUCACUCUUGAUAUGUCCAUCAGUAAGCUACAAAACACGAGUUGUGCUUUCUUGCAAAGCUGUAAUCUUUAUAGUUACAUCUGUCUAAAGGAAAACUAAAAUGAAUACAUUUCUUCUACAGUAAAAUUCAGCUUGCACUGUAAAGUUGUUAGGCUUAAAAUUUCUUUAAAGCUGUUGGUACAUUUGAAAUGUUUUCUUAUUAAUAAUACUGCAAGUUACAUUUCAUCGGUAAGUUACAAUAUAUGAGUUGUGCUUUCUCACAAAGGUCUAUUCUAUGUACUAGAUAUUAUAUCUUUGUGCAGGAAAACUCAAAUGAACACACUUUCUCCUACACUUAAA